GAGAUUGAACACCGCUUCUGCCAGGACAGCGCCUUCCAGUCUAGGGGUGCUGCCGGGGAUACUGAAGGCUGCUAGCUUUCUGAACUUGUCAUGAGAGUGAUGAAAAGGCAAAAGGGACAGAGAGUGGUGUUGGGGAAGAAAAUCAGUUGCUCUAGGUCGUAACCAGCCUUUGAGAAAGGAGAAACCAAAAUGGAAAAGCGAUUAUCCCAUGACAGAUGGACAACUGCGCAGCAAGAGGGAUGAAUUUUGGGACACUGCACCAGCGUUUGAAGGCCGGAAGGAGAUCUGGGAUGCCUUGAAGGCUGCUGCACACGCUUUUGAAAGCAAUGACCAUGAACUGGCACAGGCAAUCAUUGAUGGUGCAAACAUAACACUACCACAUGGUGCACUGACAGAGUGCUACGAUGAGCUGGGGAACCGAUACCAGCUGCCAGUAUAUUGCUUGGCACCACCAAUCAACAUGAUAGAGGAAAAGAGUGACAUAGAGACUCUGGAUAUCCCUGAGCCACCUCCCAAUUCUGGACAUGAAUCUCAGCUCCGUCUGCGCCUCUCCACAGGCAGAGACCUCAAGCUUGUGGUGCGCAGCACAGACACGGUGUUCCAUAUGAAGAGGCGCUUACACGCCACAGAGGGUGUGGAGCCAGGCAGCCAGCGGUGGUUCUUUUCUGGCCGGCCUCUCACUGAUAAGAUGAAGCUUGAGGAGCUGAAGAUCCCCAAAGACUAUGUGGUGCAGGUUAUAGUGAGCCAGCCUGUGCAAAACCCAACACCAGUGGAGAACUGAGCUGGGCUUCCUGCUCUCUAGAUCCCCUGGCUCCUUUUUAUUGUUACUAUUUCCUAUUCUAUAGCGUGAAAUUUAUUUUCACUGCUCUGAAUUCCCUAUGAAUGGAUUUAGUUCUGAGGAAUUACCAGUGAAAAAUUCCAUCUGUGAUGGAGACCAACAAAUAUAAUAAAACACACAGAGCCAGCCUCUGAGACUCCUGUAAUUACAAUUUCUAAUUUGAAAGGCAGUUAAGAAAUAGAUAACCAUUUAUUUUAAAACAUGUAUCAACUAUGUAAUGGCUGUAUUUAAAUGAUUUGGAGUGUAAACAGACAGCAGACCCAUCAAGUACAGCACCAAGCACCUUUUAGAUACAGAAUUUUUAACAUAUAUGUCAAAUUAUAUUUCCAGAAUCAUCAAUAACAGUUAUAAAACAAAACUUGUUU